UUAUUCCCACAUGUAUUUAAUUUUAGAUUUAUUUAUUUAUUGAUUCAUUUAUUUUUACUUUUCCGUGUGUAACAUGGAAAUGAGGAAGGCGGUCCUUGUGUAGCUUCAGUGCAUCAUUGGUUGAGAGCUCACGCGUAGAAUCUCAGGCCAGCUAAGCGAUAGAGAUUUGAGUUUUCAAAGAAAAUGGCGGCAAGCAGUAAUUCGUUGUCCAGUUUGCUACGGGAUGUGGCAGAUCAGCUGGAGAGUUCAUCGUCGUCAUCGAGUCUGGAACCGUCGACGUCAGAGCCUAGGGUGAUGACACCCAGAGUCAGACACCCAGUGGAUGCUGAAGUUGCAAGACUAUUUACGCCUUACAACAGAGGAAGAGGACUUGCAAGACGAACAAGCUUGCCUGUGAUGAGUCGUGCAGUAUCCUGCAGCUUUACGCAUAACUUCUGCUGUCUUGAUGACAAAAAUGCUGAUUUAGUACCCAGUCGCUGUGCAAAAGACAGAUUGUUCUCUGCUGGGUUAGGGGAGAAACGUGUCACCUUUCGAGGAUGCCAUGCAGAUCCCCAAAAAUUUAAGGAUGUCAUCGUGGAGGCUUUUCCAAAACUCAGACAAGGUGGUGGGUUUGAGUUGCUAAAAAUAUCUGGAAACACAAGGAGCCGUUAUCUCAGCUUGAUACCCUGUCCAAAUGAGGGGUACCAUGUAAAGUAUUUGAAAGAUCCUCAAAAUCAAAUUGGUCAUGCAACCAUUUUCAUUCGUCCACUUCAACGAAACUUAGAAGUUGAAUCACCAAGUCUUCCUAGCAGAGAUGAGUUGAUUGGACCACCUCAAAAAUGUGUUGUAUGUGGAGAUGAAUUCCCCUUUGCAGCUAUAAAGUCUCACAGUGAUGAGUGCAUGAGGUAUUNGAAAUUUGAGCCAGAUGCAACAGAGGCCUCAAAGAAGUACAGAGAAAACCUAUUGAAUACCCAUGAAAGGGGAAAAGAGCUACUUUUCCAGAUGGACAUGAGAGACAGUCCUGAAGACAGGGAGAGAGCAAUCUUGACUUUCUACAAGAUGGCAAAUGUAGAAUGGGUUUGUCCUUUAAAAUGUACACUACAUGGUGAUCCUGCAACUGGAGACGGUGUGACUAGUCAUGUUUUUGCAACAAUCAUGUCAAAACUCCAGCAUGGUUUUGAACUACAACUCGGUUAGUGACCUAUACAAUACAUGUUCUUUUUUUUCCCUGUUUUCUUAGGAUAACUUUAAAAGAAGUUUACAGCAAUUUGUUGGCAUUAACAGUUAACUACUUGCCAUUGGCCUUAGGGUUG